UUCAAUCAACGGAGGCAGGAAUAUUGUCAUGCAUCCGGGUACCUCAGCGUGGCCUCCAUUUUUCAAGAGGCGCUCCAUUAACGAAACCUUGAGUCAAAUUCAUCGGAAAUUGAUCCAAUUUUUAUUGGUGCAAGUAUCUUUAACAUUGGACAGAAGGACGUCUUAGGCUAUUUAGCCAAUAGGCGAAAUACAAGAUGGCAGAGAGUGAGAAACCUGCGGAAAAGAAGCGUGGAGCGGGAUUCGUGUUACCGCGGAACGUCAUGGAUGUGUAUCUCACUCUCACUGUAGGAAAAAAGGCGGUUUUCUCGAGUGUUUCUGAUUCUUCAAACACGAUUCAUCUGGAGAAAAAUGAUGACGAAUCCGUGGACGUGAAUUUCGGUGGCCCGAAUGAGGGUCUAUUUCGGCUUGAUUCCCUGCAAAUCGACGAUAACGAAGAAAACGCCUUAAAGAUCAAGUUUGAGUAUCUCGAAGAUGAACCUACCGUGGUUUCUGCUGAAGAUUUUGAAGCCGGUGAAAAGUUUUGUGAUGGUAUUGUACGCGUUAAAGAAAGAGACGAAGAGGAAGAGGAAAAAGAAAAAGAACAGAAUGGCGAAACUCCGAAAAAAGACGCGGAGGAGACAGAUGACAAAACAACAGAAAACGGUGAGGAAGAACCUGUAAAGGAGAAGACAGUUGUUGUGCAGGUGGUGGGGAAACCACUGUGUAUAAAACAGAGCAAAGACAAAGAUCCUGGAGAGUCUGAAGAAGCAGGGCAAGGGGAUGGUGGAGGUCAAGAGAAAGGUGAAGGUGAAGAUAACACAGGAGGAGACCCUGGCACAGAGCAGCCCGAGCAGUUGAUGAUGAUAGCCUCAGAUGUCCACAGCAGCGAGAGGAUAGAGUGCAGUUUGUGUGGGUUCAUCUCUAAGUGUAGCAGAGCUCUCAUCCACUUUGUACAGGAUCAUGUACAGGAGGGAGACCUGGGGGCCAACCGUCGAAGAAGUCGCAGAGUGUCCAAGAAGAAGUCUGCAGGUGGACGUCGGUCAAGCCGCGGACGUCAGGUCCUGAGAAACUGGCGCUACCUGGAAUACUCCAGCGGUGAGGAGGUGGAUGCUGACGACACCGAGGACUUCACUCCGCCUGCCGCCAAGAGAGGGAGAGGACGAGGAAGAGGCCGACCCAGGAAGUCGGAUGUGAUGAAGGCUGAGGAGGAUCUAGAAGGAUUGGAGGAGGAGGAAGAGGAUGAGGAUGAGAUUGAUGAGGAAGACGAGAACGGUGAAAAGAGAGUCCUGCGUUACAGAAGAAAGAGAAAAGUAGCCCGGAAAAGACUCAGUGAGCUUGACGAGCCCCAGGGGGACCCCAGACCUUGCCCCAUAUGUUCUGAGGAGUGUAAGAGUGGCUCUGCGCUCUUUUAUCACCUCACCAAGAAACACAGGGGACAUGAGGACUUCCAGAAACACUUCAAAGAAACAAGUCAGUUUGUGAAGAAGCAGUGUCCACUGUGUGGUAAGAUAUUACAUAACAGCUCCUACCUGAAGGAACACCUGGAACACCAGCACAAAGAACACGACAUGAAGCACGCUUGUGAGGAGUGCGGGAAGAUAUACAAGCGUGAGGAUCUGCUCAAGAACCACAUCAUGAAAGUCCACACUGACCGUCGCUUCAAGUGUGACAAGUGCGGCCGCGAGUACAAGGACAGGGGCAGUCUCACCGACCACAAGAAGAUCUACCACACCUUCCAGAGCAAGUUCCAGUGCCACAUCUGUAACAAGUACGUCAGCUCGGGGAAAAUCCUCAAACGUCAUAUUCAGGUUAUGCAUGAUGAGACCACGCCAAGCUUCAAGUGCCCACAGUGUGACCGGGUGUGUAAUGACCACCACAAUCUCCAGCGCCACAUCCGCCUGAUCCACAACCCUGAGUCUGUGAAGAAAGUGCAGUGUCCUGUAUGCAACAAGAUCUUCAGUCAGGUUGGCAACUUGAACCAGCACCUGCAGAAUGUGCAUCACGUGGACAUCCACAAUGAGAUCUACCUGUGCAAGGUGUGCGACAGGAGCUUCAAUCGCAAAACAUACCUGUACAACCACAUGCGCACGCACCCUGGGAAGGAGGAUGAGUGGGAGAUUGAACCAGCGAAGCUAACAGUUCAAGAUGUGGUCAACCAGCCAGAACUGGCCCAGCCGUCACAACCUCGCGGCAGGACCUCUAUGCUUCGGCGCCAGACUGAACCCAAGAAAAUGGAGCAGAGAAUUGAGCUCCCCAUGGGGACACCUAUCGGCACCAUAUCUGGGGAACAGAUCCAACAGUUCAUGUCGCAGGCGGAGGCUGGCGACCCAACCAGUCUGGAACAGCUGUCCGAGGCUAUCUACGCCCUGGCGUCACAGAGUGGGGUGACACUGCAGCCUGGGGCUGAGGUACGUCUAGUAUGCGUCAAGAAAUCUGGCAGCGACGGAGCCACCACCACUGCAGAAAUUGUCCAAUCACAGAUCAUCGAACAACAAGUGGACGAGCAAGCGCUGCAGGAGAUGGUGAUACAUCAGCCACAGGAGGUCAUGACAGAGGCGCAUGAAAUCCUGCAGCAGCACGAGAUCUUACAGCAGCAACAGGAACAGGAAGUUCUCCAGCAGCAGCAACAGGAAGUGAUGCAACAGGCACAGGAGCUGGUCCAGCAGGUUCAGGAUGUUUUGGAGCCAACACAGGUUGCCGUGCAACCAGACCAACAGAUCAUUCAGAUUCACCUUGACCCCCAGUGACCUUGACCCUCUGUGAACUUGAACCUCAGUGACCUUGACAGUCAGUGACCAUAAGGGUGACUGAUAGUCUGGUUUCAUUGAUGUUCUAGUGAGGAUCAUUUCAUGGUAAUGGACUGAUAUGAGAGGAAGAAUCCGAAUGUGAAUGCGUUUUUUAGAAGAUUUUGCCCACCUGGAAAAAAAGUAAAAGCAGUUCAAUUUAGAACUUAUGUGAAUGCAGUUUUUGGGAGUUGGUCAGAUAAGGUUAAUGGUGAACUACCCAGGCCUCAGUCCUGCAGGAUUACAUUGAGGUACCCCUCCCUGACUGACUGAGGGUUUGGUGGUCAUGGAUAAAAUUUUCAUAAUAAUGAAGACUGCUCCUUGUUGUUGUUGUUGUUAUUGAGAAUUUGUAAAUAGAAUUGAAUUUUUAGGGGGGGAAAGUGUUGGAAAUGUUUGUGUACAUAUUUCUACAUUUGAUGUGUGAUUUGUAGUGAGAUGAAUUUCAGACGUUUUUUUUUUCCAAGUUGUUGGAAGAAUUUUUAAAAGAGUUUUGUCUGCUUUACAUCAAUUGAUCUAUUAUCUGUAAAUAUAUGUGGUUGCAGUUAGAUUAGUGAUUUGGCACUUUUGCAUGGUAAAUAUAUUGAAACAAAAAGUUUGCCAUAUUGAAAAAGGGGCAUAGUUAGACCCCAUUCCCAUAGAUUUUAGAUCGAUCUAUCCCUGUGGGGAGUCUCACUAGAUUACUGUCAGCUUAG